UAUCGUCUUCUCAUCUGGAGCACUCGUGUCCUUUGCUUUCCGCACCCAUCAAGAACUGACACAUAGAGCAUACGCUUUGUGGUUCGCAAAUCAUGAGCUUAAUAGUUUAUUCUUCGCACAACCACAGCACGGCUUUUUGAUACGCUGAUUGUUGAUUAAAGGAACACCAACCUAUCUAAUUUUUAAUCCCUGCCAAAAAUCUGGAAGAAAGUUGGAAUUUUUAUUCGUAUUCAUCUCUGCAGGCUUCCUCUUUCUUUUUUCUUGCAGCUCGGUAGGUCACCAACGUACUAUCCGUCUCUAUAUCUGUUGGCUUUGUGUCCGGAGACUAGCAGAAGCCAUUUUUGUCGUGGCACGCCAAAAAAGUUUGAUUCUUUGUCGCCGGACGCGUAGUGGCGAAGCACAAGAGAGACAGCGUACAGAAACAUCGAGAGAAUAACUGCUACUUUCGGUUGUUCUUUGGAGUUGUAAGUGUCUUGGACAUGGUGUAUGUUUGAUUCCGCUUCCAGUUUCCGCCGCCGCCACCGCCGCCGCCGAGAAUCUUGGUUUUCGGCUCCUCCUUUGUUGCCCCAUGUCAAAUUACCCUGCCUAGAGGAGUGUGUGAUUCUGAGUUCAACGGCGCAGCGCUAUGGAUUUGGAAGCCCGACCCGUCAGCAACCCUGCCAAGAGACAAACGUGGAGUUCAGUACUAAUGCUUGCUUACCAGAGCCUUGGUGUGGUCUAUGGUGAUCUUAGCACUUCACCUCUGUAUGUAUACAGAAACACUUUUGCCGAUGAUAUCCAGCACUCCGAUAGCAAUGAUGAAAUAUAUGGUGUGCUAUCUUUUGUUUUUUGGACCCUCACCCUUAUCCCUCUUCUCAAGUAUGUCCUCAUUGUCCUCCGAGCUGAUGACAAUGGCGAGGGUGGCACGUUCGCCCUCUACUCGCUUCUCGUUCGCCAUGGUCGCAUUGGAUUCAUACCGAACGGGCAGGUUGCUGAUGAGGAGCUGAUGGCCUGUAAAGAGAAGGAUGAACCCUUCCACCUACUUAAUGAUGCUGUUCCCAUUUCGCCAUGUGACGGUGAUACAUAUAGUUCAUCAUUGAUGAAGAGGCUGUUGGCGAAGCACAAAAACUCACAGCGUGUUUUACUAUUACUUUCUUUGCUCGGGACAUGCAUGGUCAUUGGCGAUGGUGUCCUCACCCCGGCAAUCUCUAUCUUUUCGGCGAUCUCAGGGCUUGAGUUUUCAAUGUCAAGGGAGCAUCACAAAUAUGUUGAGCUUCCUUUUGCAUGUUUCAUUCUGUUAUGCUUAUUCACACUGCAACGUGUUGGCACUCGCCGAUUGGGUUUCCUGUUCGCACCGAUUGUCAUAAUUUGGCUUUUAUGCAUCAGUCUCAUUGGUGCCUAUAAUAUUGUUCAUUGGAAUCCUCAUAUAUAUCGAGCCCUCUCUCCAUACUAUAUGUUCAAGUUCUUGAAAAAGACUGGAAGAGGAGGUUGGAUGUCAUUAGGUGGUGUUCUCUUAUGUAUAACAGGUUCGGAAGCAAUGUACGCUGAUCUGGGGCAUUUUUCGCAGUCAUCUGUAAAGAUUGCUUUUGCAUUUGUGGUGUAUCCAUCUUUGCUCCUAGCAUACAUGGGACAAGCUGCCUUUUUAACUCAGCAUCAUGUUAUUGAAAAUCACCAUCGGAUUGGAUUCUACGUGUCUGUACCAGAGAGACUGAGAUGGCCUGUUCUAGUAAUCGCAAUUCUUGCUGCCGUGGUGGGAAGCCAGUCCGUUAUCACUGGUACUUUCUCUAUUAUCAAGCAGUGUUCUGCCUUGAGUUGUUUUCCGAGGGUGAAGAUAGUCCAUACGUCAUCCAAAAUAGAUGGACAAAUAUACAUUCCUGAGAUCAAUUGGAUUUUGAUGUUAUUGUGCUUGGCGGUGACUAUCGGUUUCAGAGACACCAAGCAUUUGGGAAAUGCUCAAGGUUUAGCAGUCAUUAUCGUUAUGCUGGUCACUACCUGCCUCAUGUCACUAGUGAUCGUCGUAUGCUGGCAUAAGAACAUUUUCUUUGCAAUAUGCUUUCUCAUUUUCUUCGGAACAAUAGAAGUGAUAUUCUUCUCAGCCUCCCUAAUCAAGUUUCUCGAGGGAGCAUGGUUCCCUAUUGCUCUCGCCUCCUUUCUCAUGAUGGUUAUGUACAUAUGGCACUAUGGCACGGUCAAAAAGUACGAGUUUGAUGUUCAAAACAAGGUUCCCAUCAAUUGGCUGCUUAGCCUCGGCCCCUCUCUUGGCUUCGUUCGUGUGCGAGGAAUUGGUUUGAUUCACACUGAACUUGCAUCGGGAAUUCCUGCCAUUUUCACACACUUUGUCACCAACUUACCGGCAUUUCACCAGGUUCUUGUCUUCCUAUGCAUCAAGUCGAUCCCAAUCCCACAUGUCCGGCCGGAGGAAAGAUUCCUUGUCGGUCGAGUUGGUCCUAAAGAAUUCAGAAGUUACCGAGUCAUAGUCAGGUAUGGGUACCACGACGUACACAAAGAUGACUUGGAGUUUGAGAAGGACCUAGUUUCCAGCAUUGCGGAGUUCAUAAGAUCUGCCGGGCAUGAGCGUAAUAGUCUCGCGGAGGGAACCGACAAUGGCGAUGAAAAAAUGACAGUAGUAAGUACAGGUUUCAGGUUCAGUGAGGAGAAAAUAGAAUCUGAGGUAGCACCGGGCCUUUCAGGAUCCAACGAGAUGCAUUCUUCAGCAAUUCCACGGAAGAAACGAGUGCGGUUCGUGUUGCCAAAGAGCGCAAUGAUUGAAAAGGGAGCCGAAGAAGAGCUGCAAGAUCUGAUGAAUGCAAGAGAAGCAGGAAUGGCCUUCAUACUUGGGCACUCACACAUGAGGGCCAAGAGCGGAUCGAGUUUGAUAAAACGUCUUUCGAUCAACUUCGGAUACGAGCUCCUGAGGAGGAACUGCAGGGGGCCGAUGUACGCCAUCAGCAUUCCACAUGCUUCGACUCUCGAGGUUGGGAUGGCUUAUAAUGUUUGAGAGUUAGCAUUCGACUUGUACAACUUUGCACAUACCAUGUUCAUCUUCAAAUCACAACAGCCAAAGGCUCAAAGAUCAUAAAAGGCGAAAACAGAUUUUGCAAGGAUCAUUUGAUUAGUCCCAUGUUAGUUGAGCUUUGCCUUGUAACACUUUGUAUAUAAGAACAUGACUUUUAUGAGCUUCUUUCAUAUUUAAGUUGAUAUGUAGAUGUUUUUGCCUUGUUAGUCAAUAUAUGUUUGUCUACUGUACUACUCAAUCGGAUAAAUUUUACUUUACCAAUCA